CAGGCCUAGACAUCUUAUUUUUUUGUUAAAGCACUGCAAUUUUUUUCAUUCCCCUUCCAAACUACCAAGGGUUGGGAAAUACCUUCACCAUGAAGCUUGCUCCAGCUCUGGUGGUGAUACUUCUCACCGUCUUCACGGCAGAGAGUACCAUCGCUGCAGGUGAUCCCUGUAUGACCUACACAGAGAUCUACGAGCCUCACCGCAGUACAGCUCAUGUCGUGACCGGGGGGUUCAGCUGUGACGUCGGGCUCCAGCCAGGAUGGUACCGGUUCACCGCGUACACCGGUGGGAAAAUGGCAGAAGAGUGUCAAGACACUGGGCACUGUGGCACCCGCACACCGAUUUGGUUAAAUGGAAUCCAUCCAGACAUAGCUGAUGGGAUCACUGAUAUGACGGCAUGCAUCAGCUAUGGCCUCAACUUGUGCUGUGUAACAGAGAUCUCUAUACAAGUGAAGAAAUGUCCCGAGGGUUUCUAUGUGUACAAUCUUGCUGCUCCAUAUGGUUGCGACAGCGGAUACUGUGUAGGAUCCAUUGCACCAUGUGGUCCGGAUGAAGCAUACAACUAUUUCCACAAACGAUGUGGAGAUAUAACACCCACCUUGACAGACAGACCUGUGCUUUACAACCCGAUCAUUGACGAACACUAUAGGGUUGUCUACAAGUGUGAAAUCAUGUACGGCACUCCGGGGGACAACGCUGAGUUUGAAGUGGCUUUCCUGUUCGAUGGAGAACUGUAUGAUGAUGUACCUAAUGAUACUGUAGUAAAUACUGGAAAUUCGCUGUACGCGAACUUAAAUGCCUGGCACCUUGGGGAAUUUAGAGAUCCUACUAACAAUCGACUUAUUUGGGAGUCGAAGAUGGGGAAGGAGAUUACCUGUGCGGUGCGAGCUAACUGGGAGGGGAGGGAAGAAAAGACUGACUGGAUCUCCAGUGAACCGAAAUGGGCAGGGAUUCAGAUUGCAACUCACCAUCUAAUCAAUCUACCCCAAGAGGAGGAAUCUUUCUAUGAGCUGACAUUCUACUCCACCGUGCCGUUUACUUGUUGGGGUGACAGGGACGCGGAUGGAAGUUGCAGUAUUGAAAUACCGUUUUGGCUGGGGGGUAACGGAGUAGCAACUUCAACAUGUAAAUUUGAAAUACAGGCCAACAAAUGGAGUGAUGACACACAGCGUGCAGAUGGGCAAAUAAUUAAAAUGAGAGCCGUAAAAGAUCAAGACCAGAGGAACCCUACUCAAACAAUGACAAUUAAUUUGGGAGCGCCCACAUAUCGUAAUCCCUUUUUUCACGAACAUGCGGGUUGGUUCGUACCUCAUAUGUUCAGUGGUUACACGCCUGAAGCCACAAUACAGGUACGAGUAGAAGAUGCUAGGGAAGGGCGAUGUACUUCUACUGGAGAUCCACAUAUCAGGACAUUCGACAAUGGACCUCAAGCGCACAACAUUGCCCAUGGGGAUUUCGUCUUGUAUGCAAGCACUGCAAGGGAGUUUGAGGUCCAGUCAAGACAUUGGACCUGUGGCUCUGCUGGUACUGUAACAUGCAACUGUGGCGUAGCUGUUCGAGAGGCUAAUGACAUCGUCAUCAUUGAUAUGUGCCAAUCACGAUAUGGGUACGCUCAUCCGACAGUCUCGUACAAAACAGCAACAGGAGGGCCGCUUUCUCACGCCGUGACUGUUGAGAGGGAUCCAACUGGCAAGAAGCACAAGGUAAGCAUGCCGUCAGGAGCGUACAUUGUAUCGGAUGCUCGUUUGACACACAUGCAGAUCACAGUUCACGCACCAGGAGCUGACUUUAGGAACACGGAGGGUCUGUGUGGAUAUUGGGACGGAGAUCCUAGUAAUGACCUGCGGAUGCGUGAUGGGAGUUUGUCACCGUCUCACACAUGGAGGGACUGGCACCACGAAUAUUCUGAGGAUUGGCGGGUCCGAGGUCCCAACUUUUUUCAUGACGACUGCUUUACCCCAACUGAUGAUCCAAUACCAAAUGUAGAGUAUUGUCAGUGCAUCAGUGGCAACAGCCUUGAGUGUGAUUUCAAAAAGCUUGUGAAGAGAAAUAAUGUAGGCAACAUUCAGACAGAGAUGACCCACGGUGGCGCCGAUGAUACCCUCCUCAGAGCUAGUGGAAACAUCCAGUGUGCCCGGAGAAGGAAAAGGGAUGUGGCUGACAUUCGACUUGAUCCUGAACUGUACACUGACGAUUUGAAUGAGCUUGGUGACUAUGACUAUGAUCCUCAACUUAACUUCCAACCUAUUGUCAAUGAUUGGCCAACGCCAAACUUUGGCAUAACAGAGGAUCAGGCAAGGGACAUCUGUCGAGAGGCUGUGACGAACCUUACAGUGGCUACGGCAUGUCGAGAUGUAGUCGGUAUAGACAUCUUUUCCAAAGUUGACACAUGUAUGGCUGAUAUACAGGUUACAGAGGAUAUAUCGUAUGCACUGUCAGCUGCAGAGGAGAUCGAAGAAGAGUGCUCGGCACGCGCAUAUCAAAAUACAAGUCUUUACGAGGUAAACGAGGAUGGGGUUGCCGUUCCACCGACAAUCAUCACUAGUCAGCUCUGUCCUCGUCAGUGCAGCCAGCGAGGUGAGUGUGUUAACGGGACCUGUCAGUGUAAGGAAGGCUACAUCUCGGCUGACUGUUCCAUGAAGGCUGGGAGAGCACCACAGGUGCUGUCUCUACCAGCAAAGGGCCUGUGUGACAUCCGGCAUCGCCCCUGUAUGAAGGCAGUUCUACUCGCUGACGGGCUGAUCGACUCAGAGAACUUAACCUGUCGGGUGACUCAAGUCCCGAUCCAUAAUGGGGUGCGGGAGGUCCAACAUGACACAACAGGACAGACGGAAGGCCGCAUGCUCAGCUCGGGUGAAGUCCGCUGCCAUCUGCCGAGAUCUCCUGUUGCACUAGGAACACCCGCGGAGAGAGAGGGAGCCGUCACACACGGGAUGAUGCUGUCUGUCAGUAACGAUGGGCAGAGGUUCAGCCAGGAGCUACUCUUCACCGUGUAUGACUCUGUCUGCCAGGAGUGUACUGACGGAGGCAACUGUUUCUGGAAGCCGAAUACCUGCAUCAUUCGGGGACACUGCUUUGCAAGUGGUGAGGCUGACCCUAACAACUGGUGCCAGCAGUGUCUGCCUCAGUUUUCUAACACCACCUGGACCGAGCGUCCAGUGAAUCAAGCUCCGCGUUUCAACUCCCCAUCAACCAUCACGAAGGUAGCAGGAGAAAAUCUCACCCUUACAAUCGGCGCAGUUGACCCAGAAGGUAGGCCCCUCACGCUCUCCCGAGACCCCGGUUCACCAAGUCCCGACGGCGUUCUGCUGCUGUCAAACGGGGAACUUUCUUGGCAUGGGCACGACUCUUCGCCCUUCAGCAUGCUAAUCACGAUAACUGACGAGUGUGGAGCUUCGUUCCAGCAAACUUUCCAGUUCCAGAUCAUGGAUUGUCCGUGUCAGCACAAUGGAGUUUGCAUCCCCGACGUCACCAAACCUAGAGGUCAGGGUUUCUACACCUGUGAAUGUCCCGGCUACACUGGGCAAUACUGUGAGACUGAGAUCGACGAGUGUGCGGCCAGCCCGUGUAAAAAUGGCACCUGCAUCGACCGUGUUAAUGGCUACAACUGUACAUGUGACGCCGGGUCUACGGGACCAAACUGCGGCAUCAAUAUUGACGACCUGUGCGCGCAGGGAGCCUGUCAUUCCGGGGUCAGCUGUAUCAACUUAGGCGGAGGAGAAGUCAGGUGUGGCAGGUGUCCAGCUGGGUACUUUGGCAAUGGAUAUAUUUGUGAAGAUAUUGACGAGUGCGCUGAUGCCCAGGCCUACGGAUGUCAUCACAUCUGUCAGAAUGUUCCCGGAAGUUAUCGCUGCACAUGUCAGCCAGGUUUUCUAUUGGUUGGACAAGACUGCAUUGAUCUCGACGAGUGCCUGGUCGGCAUUUCCGAAUGUUCUCACAUCUGCGUCAAUACAAACGGCAGCUAUACGUGUCUCUGCCCGCAGGAUUUGGUUCUUGGUCCCGAUGGAAAGGCAUGUAGAGAUGUUGAUGAGUGUCUGAGCACUCCUUGUAUGCAUGGAGGUCAAUGUCACAAUGGCGACAACCAGUUCACAUGUACCUGUCCUCGCGGGUGGAUUGGAGAAAUUUGUGAAGAAGACAUCAACGAAUGUGUGCUGACAAACCAUGGCUGUGAAUACCAGUGUACAAACACGCCUGGCGGGUAUGAAUGUGUCUGUCCAGAGGGACAUGUGGUGGCAGCGGAUGGUAAAUCUUGUGAAGCAGUGCCAAGUGAAGUGCUGACCACAGUCACCGCACAAGAAAUCACAGACUGCAGGAAGACCGGCUGCCCUGACAAGCAGACCCAGGAGUGUGUGGAGGCUAACGGCGUCCAUGUGUGUCAGUGUGUUGCGGGGUACUAUUUGGCAGAAGGCGGAACAUUGUGUAAAGAGUCCACGGCUUUCACUGGAGAGAUAACUCUGACAACAUUCAAUGGGAAUAAAGCUGUGUUCACUGCUGACGGGUUGGGGACCCCCGGCUCACGGGAGUUCAUUGAAAUGGCAACGCUACUGGAAGAGGCUCUCAAUACCAUACUCCAAUCCAGCAGCCUUCAGGAUAAGUUCCUAGGCUGCAAAGUGAAGACAUUCCGACAGGGAAGUGUCAUCGCUGAGUUCGAAAUCUACGUCGUGGAGGAUGCCGGGUUGUCUCCCUCUGACGUCAUGGACGCCAUCUUGAACGGCCUGUCCAACAACACGAUCAGUGGGACCAACGGGGUGAUCGUUGUCAUCCCAUCGUCUCUGCAAGUCUCUUCACAAGCCACCGAUGCUCCUGACCAGAUGUGGUACAACAACCCCAUGUACCUUACCCUGCUCUGUGUUGGCUGUGCUGUCCUGGUCACUACUCUGAUAGUGGGAGCUGUCUGCCUGCUGACCAGUCCUAAACGCCGCAGGAAGAUGGUCGUUAGGGACAGCAUGGCGGACAUGGGCAUGACAGACAUGACAGGAAAGGACCAAGGCAUUGACGGUCCUGCAACUGAAGAUGACAAAUACGAGUAAAAUAAUUGUCGACUGUUUAACCCCAUCCUUUUGUGACGUCACGCAAUACAGAUAGCACACGUGACUUUCUAUGUGUCAGGUUAGAAGUAGGAGAGUUUGUAAUGCCUCUGUAAGUAUGGUUGUAAUACCUCCAUAUAGUUUUUUUUAUUCCUCUUAAUUCUUAAAGAAAAUACCUUCAUGAAGGUAAUUUAUCAUCAUUUACCCAUGUCAUUGAAUAUGAAUAUUUGUCAAAAAUACACCACUAAAAUGUGGAACAGAAAUAAUGAUAACCUAGCAAUGCUUGUUAUCUUAAUUAGCCCUUGUCCUGCUGGCAGUUUUUAAAAAGUAUUUCCCCAUAAUUUCAUGUCUUAAUUAUGUCAUAGACCCAUAAUUUUUUUUGUCCUGCGGUGUGAUUCAUUGCACGAGAAAUACCACCAAUAAAUGGUACAGUAU